GCGUCCCCAUUCCGGUGAAGCGGGGAAGCCAAAGCUAUUGUCUGCAUCCCCGCGGCUGCUUCUUCCCACGUCCACACAAUCACAAGAAACGUCGGGGACUCGCCGGUGAUCGAUCCCCAUCACAAGCCGGCGAUCAGUCCGGACACGACCAAUGGCAGAAACCGCAGCGAUAGCACCACCACCACAACCAAUGGCUGAAAGCGCAACGGCGGCACCACCACAACCAAUGGCGGGAAACGCAACGACGGCGGCAGUGGUUGUGGUGGUGCCACCACCAUCACCGCCGGACAACACCAUGACAUUCCUCUGCCUCCUCAUCGCCAUCUUCCUCCCUCCCCUCGGCGUUUUCAUCAAGUACAAUUGUGAGGUUGAGUUUUGGAUCUGCCUGGUCCUAACAUUCUUUGGCUACUUUCCAGGCGUCAUCUAUGCCAUCUGGGUGAUCGUAAAGCCGUAGGGAUUGCACCCGUGGAUGUUAGGACGGCAGGGAUAUGAUUCUUCUCUUCGAAUCCCAGCCAAUAGAAAAAAGAAAGACUUCGGGAAAUCCUAGGGGGAAAGGACGCGCCAUUGGAACGGGACGACUGAAGGAUUUGUCACCGCGGUUUUAGGCUAUGUCUUUUUCCCACCUUCCAUUUUUUGGUGAUGAAAAUUAGUUAUUGUUAUUUGGGAAAUUAACAAUAACGUACAGGUUGUCUUGUCAUUGACAUAUCAUGGCUGCAAAAUUCCAGAGAAACAUGCCAUUCCCUCUUUAUUCAAAAACUGACUUAGGGGGAAAUGAUAUGUUCAUUACAGACUCAAGUGGCCGGGGACACGAACAUAUAUAUCAAUGUAUGGCUCCCAAGUACGUCAGUGCCGAUGAAGUCACUUGUUCAUUAGUUUGAGGUGUAAAAACAAACUUAAAGUGUUACCCACCGC